AUGUGUCCUACAUCUGCUCACGACCAUGAUAAUAGACAGGAAGGACCAGCGAAGAAGAAAAUAAAGCUAAGUCCAAUGGAUGAACCACUAACUAGAUUAGAUAUAAUAUAUUUCCAAAAAGAUGCUCUUUACAGGCGUAUCAAAGAUUGUCAGGUUAAAUACAAUUCUUUAACACAACAAUAUCAAGUGCUAAGCAACGAGAAUUCCAAUUUAAUCUCCAAACUUAGUCUUUUAUAUACUUUUUAUUACAAAAAACUAACCUCUGCAAAUCUUGCUCAUGUUAAUGGUACCACACCUUCUGCUGAUAAAACACUGCAAGACGCCACCGCUAUCACCAGCGAUAAUGCUGAUAAGGAUUUAGAAGAGUUUUUAAAAUCUAAUGAAAGUAGCAUUCGUGAUUUACUCAUCAACAACAUUUCCCCUGAUGCUAAUGAAAUAAGCAGUUCUACUUUUGAUGAAAAAAGGAAAACCCAUGAGUUGGUGAUAAAGAAUACGGAAUUGAAUAAAGAAUUGAGCUAUUUAAAGAAAUAUUAUGAAUCCAUUAUUCAUAAAUACGAAAGGGAUUCAAGUGAAGUUGUUAGGAGGAUUUUUAAAAUAACCAAAGAAGAGGAUAAGCUUGGACAACAGCAACAACAUGCGUUAACCUCUGUAAAUAAUAAAAUAAAGUCUGAGCUUCCACCUGCUGCUGCUGGUAUUGAUCCUGUCAAUAUUAACAAUGUCAGUUGUAAUAAUAAUGAUAACCAUAAUAAUAAUAAUAAUAAUAAUAAUAAUAUUAAUAAUAAUAUUAAUGCUAACCAUAAUAAUAAUAUUAAUAACUAUAAUAAUAACUAUAAUAAUAACAAUAAUAAUAAUAAUAACAACGACAAUAAUACUGGUAUUAAUGAUAAUAAUGCCAUCGAAACCACUUCUACUAUCAGUAAUAAUUGCAAUAGUACUACUGGUACUAAUAAUAACAUUACGCCUGUUAUUAGCCAUAGUAAUUCUAGUACCAGUAAUAAUAAUAAUAAUAAUAAUAAUAAUAAUACACAAAAUAUUGUUACUAACGUCCAGGAUUUAGACGCCACUAAUAACGAUACUUCUGUUAUAUCUGUUAACCAUUCAAACGGCAACUUUAAUAUAGAUCCCAAGAAACUUCAGUUUAACAGAAUGAACUACGAAUUACAAAUAGAAGAAUUGAGUACCAAGAUUGCUUUUUUGGAAAAAGAGGUUGCAGAACUUUCUACUUUAAAGAAGAAAAAUGAACUAGAUAUAUCUAAAAUGACCAAUACAAUUCAAAACAUGAAUUUAGGAGCUACUUCCUAUCAUAAUAAAGUCGUAUUUUUAACAAACAAAAUAGACUCAUUACUAAGCAAAAACGACGAAUUGAAUUCAAAAAACAAAGAGUAUUUAAACAAGUUUAAUCAACUGUACCAGGAAAGAGAAGUGUACAAUAAUAAAAUCACUGAAAGUUUUGAAAAAUCACAUGAAAAUCUAAAGAAACAUAAUGCACAAUUGGAAAAAGAUUUGGUUAGGAUAAGAACCAUCAGAGACGAAUUGUUAAGUAAAAUUAGUAUUUUGGAGGCUGAAAAAUCAAAAGAUGAUCUAUUAAAUGAUUUGACUGUCACAAUAGACGGUAUCUCAAAGCAACUAACUAAAUUAGAGCAAUUUCAUAGCGUUGGCAACACAAACACGGAGAGCAACAGCGAUGCUUUGCUAAAAGAAUUGCAAGAUUUAGAAAAUGCUUAUAAAGAAUUAGCUGGUGUGAGCGCCAAAAAAUACCAGGCUUAUAUAAAUCAUGAAUCUAUACUGGGUAAAUUAAAUGUUGAAAAAACUAAAGCUGACCAAAAAUAUUUUACUGCCAUGAGAUCCAAGGACUCAAUUCUAAUAGAAAACAAGAAUUUAUCUAAAAGUUUGAAUAAGAGUAAUGAAAUGAUUUUACAAUUGAGGGAAAUGGAAAAAGUUCUACAGACCAAAAUAGAUAAUCUAAAUAAGCAGCUUAACUUUUCUAGAGAAAAUGAGUCCAGAUUAUUGGAAGGUAAUAAAAAGGCUAAUGUGAAAUUGGUUGAUUUGCAAAAUGAAUUAACUGCAAGUAAUAAUAGGUGCAAUUCCUUGGACAGUGAAUUGGGGAGAGUGAAGGAAGUAGCAGACGGUCAAGGUUUAGAAAUUAACGAUUUAAAAACAAAAUUAAAGGAAGAAAAAGUUACCAUUCAAACACUGGAGGCAAAAUAUGAUAAGGUUUAUACUGCUUUGAAGCAACUGUUAUCGGAGGAUAAAACAAAGCUUAAAAAGGAGCACACAACUAAUGGCAACGCCAAAACGAAUUUCAAAGAAAGUUUUAAUACUGUUAGUUCCCUUACCACUGCAAGUAACGAACCUGUAUCUGUUUUAGAGGAAGAAUUAGAUAAUUUUAGAAACAUUGUUUAUUGUUCAUUAUGUUCUAAAAAUUGGAAAAAUACGGCCAUAAAAACAUGUGGACAUGUAUUUUGUGAAGAAUGCUGUAAGGAAAGAUUAGCGGCUAGAAUGAGGAAAUGUCCGACUUGUAAUAAAGGUUUUAGUUCGAAUGAUUUAUUGCUGGUUCAUUUAUGA